UUCUGCUUACACUUCUCUCUUCCAACCCUCAUCUCGUCCUCAGCAAUGUCCCAGCCACCCCCAUAUGAUUCCAAUACCCCAUCCAAUCCCGACAAACGUCCCUUACCCUCUGGAUGGAUAGAACAGUAUGAUAAGAAUUACAAGGCCUGGUUCUAUGUAGAUACCAAGGAGAAUCCGCCCAAAUCUUCCUGGGUGCAUCCUUUGGGACCUCCUCCACCUGCUGCGCCUCCCUCAGGAUACGCGCCUCCUUCUGGUCCUCCCCCACCUGGAGGAGGAUUUCCUCAAGGUCCGCCGCAACAGCAGUGGGGUUCACCCGGAUGGUCUGGUCGUUCGCCUAGCUCGGGGUGGGGCCCACAAGGUGGAUGGCAAGGUGGUCCAAGCGGCGGAUGGCCGCAAGCUGGUCCUGGUGGUCCUGGUGGUUGGCAGAGUGGUCCAAGUGGGUGGCAAAGUCCGCCCAUGGCAAGUCCAGGAUAUUACGGACAACCGCAAACCCAGUACCUACAGACCAAGCCGCCCAAAGAGAAGAAAUCCGGCAUGGGAGUGGGCACUGCGGUAGCUGCCGGUGGUGCUGGACUUCUUGGCGGCGUGCUGCUCGGUGAAGCCCUUUCGAGUCAUGAUGAUUUUGAAGAUGGAUAUCAGGAUGGCUUCCAAGAUGGAGCUGACUUUGAUGAUGGAGGGGGAGAUUGGUAAACAUUCUAGUAGAUAGUGCUAAUCACCCUCAUGCUAUCUAGAUAUAUUCUUGUCUGGCAUAACUCUAUACAGUAGGUUUCCUUUUGUAGCUACUGCAUCUAUGCUUUGUAUCAUGUGAAGUAUUUGACAACUGUUCUAUUAUCUGAUGAGCUUUUUUGUCAAUGUCGACUGGUAGCUGAAAAGAUUCAACUCUUAAUUUCAAUUGUUAUGAGUGUAACUUGAUAACAUGUUGUAUAGGUUGAUAUUUGAGAGCUGUGUCUAAGAUUUGGGCAAUAGAUCCUAGUUG